AUGGCUCCAAGUAUGAAAAACAGUAACAGUAGUAGUAAUUGUGGCGGCGAGGUAGUUGGCAAUCAAGCCAACGUCCUCGCCAGCUGCUACAUCGUCGAUUCUUCCGCUCGUCUUUCUGGAUUCCAUUACUCCACUACCGGCGCUGGCGGUGGUAUCCCUGAGGUCCGCUCAGGGUCAAUUUCCCCUCCGUCAAGCCCCCCUCUUGCGGCCUUGACAUCUGCCAACGAAUUCGCGUCCAUCCACAACUCAUCGAAGAAACGAGAUUCGCGAGGCAGAACUACCAGCCGCAAAGAGGGGGCAGCGUACGCCAUCCGGGAAGAGUGUGAGAGACUCUUCUGCGAGAACAUGAAAACCAUUUUCCUUGGUGAAGAAGGAAGUGCGAGUAAUGACUCAAGCGUGAUGGGUGCGAACACGUAUUCAAGUCUUGAUGAUGUGGAUACGCAUGAUGAUUACUUUGGUGACAUCAAAUCAGGCCAUGCAAUCGAUGCUUGGGUCGAGAUUUGGGACUAUACUGGGGGAUGCAGUUUUCGAGGAUUUGUUGGCGGAAUUGGAGAUGAGAAAACACUUUUUGCAUUCUUUGAUAGCUCGGUCAUUGGAAGGGAUUUGAAACAGGGACUUAUCGCACUCAUCGAACUCGCGGAGGAAGUCUUCGCAGUCUCGCAAGUGGUUAUUUUUGUUGAUCGAUCGAUUCCGGAAGGAGAUAGGUCAACAUUUCUCAAGAGCCUUCGUUGGGUCGGAUUCGAAUUGACAACUUUGGACAUGUGGUCGCAUCAACUGGAUACCACGAGCAACAAAUGGUUAUUGAUGGGAUUGGAGGUUUGA